GCUCCAGUCUUUCUGCUGAUUUGCUGGACCCAGCGCUGGCUGGACACGCUGAAUGUAAAUCUGGCCGCAAACAACGUCUCUCUCUUUCUCUGUAUGGCUGUGAAUUCAGCGAGGUGAGCUUGGCACAGGAGAGGGACUGUCUGGGCUUGCGCGCAGUUUGCAGACAGAUUUGCGAGGGAGCCGUGCUGGAAUAUAUUCAGGGGUGAAGAACCGAAGGAGAAAGGGCGAAACCCUCCUACAGCCUGCGCUUUCUCCUCUCUCUUUCUCUCUGUCUCUAUCUCUGGACGCAAAGACUUGGGCGAAAUGGUUUUUCCGAAAUCUCAGUGACUGCGAUGUCAGCACCUCUCAUCUACCGCUUGUGGAGCACAGACUGAAGAAUUAGCUACACGUACUGAGAGAAGAAGAAAAAAAACACGUUAGUCGGGUCAGGUGGUUUUCGAGAGAGAGCAGCCGUUCAUUCACGGCGCACUGGAUUCAAGUAACACUCGCCCCUGGCAGCUGAAGAUGACGUUACUAUGGAAACAGUUUUUGCUGCUAUCAAUCAUGGAGUAUCUUGCAGAGUGUGUGGAUUAUAAGUCUUUCAAUGGGCCGAAAUGGCGAAUGGAGCCCAGUGAUCUGACAGUGGACUCACUGGAGGAAGAGGCUACACUGGCCUGUGACGCAAAGGGCAUUCCUUCCCCUCAGUACAGGUGGUCUCUGAAUGGCACAUUGAUUAAUCUCAGUACUGAUUCCCGUCGGCGGCUAUCUGGGGGAAAUUUGGUCAUUAGGAGUCUGGACCGAGCCCAGGAUGGAGGAAUAUACCAGUGCACUGCCUUCAACCCACAGGGAGCAAUUCUUAGCAGAAGAGCGAGCCUCCAGUUUGCAUACUUGAAUUUAAAAACUCAAACGAGAAGUGCUGUCUCUGUGCGAGAAGGCCAGGGGGUCGUUUUACUUUGUGGUACACCAUCAUAUGCAGGAGAUCUCUCAUUUGCAUGGGUCUUUAAUGAGUACCCUUACUUUGUUCAGCAAGACAAUCGUCGCUUUGUCUCUCAGGAGACAGGAAACCUUUACAUCGCCAAAGUCGAGCCCUCAGAUGUGGGUAACUACACGUGCGUGGUGGUAAACCGCAUCACUAAAGGCAAAGUCCUCAGCUCCCCGACCCCUCUGGUACUACGAACUGAUGGCAUAAUGGGUGAAUAUGAGCCGAAAAUAGAGGUCCAUUUCUCUGACAUGGUUCCAGCUGCAAAGGGAUCAGUUGUGACACUGGAGUGUUUUGCUUUGGGGAACCCAGUUCCAGAGAUAACGUGGAGGAGAGCGAAUGGAGUGCCGUUUCCCAGCAAGGUGAAGAUGAAGAACUCAAACGUCGUUCUGGAGAUUCCCAGUUUCCAGCAGGAGGACGCCGGAGGCUAUGAAUGUGUGGCUGAGAACAAGAUGGGAAAGAACACAGUGCAAGGACGACUGUCUUUCCAUGCAAAGCCUCAGUGGGUUCAGACGAUGCGAGACAAUGCUUUGUCAAUCGAAGAGAGAUUGUUCUGGGAGUGUAAAGCUAAUGGGAAGCCCAAGCCCUCAUACAGCUGGCUGAAGAAUGGAGAACUUCUGGCAGCCGAGGACAGGAUCCAGAUAGAGAACGGAGCCCUGACAAUCAGCUCCGUAAACCUCUCAGAUGCUGGCAUGUAUCAGUGUGUCGCUGAAAACAAACACGGAAUCAUUUAUUUUAGCGCUGAAUUGGUGGUGUUAGCCUCGCCCCCAGACUUUUCCAGAAGCCCUCUCAGAGCUCUGCUUAAAGCCAAGACGGGCAGCACAGUCAUCAUGGAGUGCAGGCCACAGGCUUUUCCCACAGCCAUCAGCAUGUGGAGGAAAGGCAACGAACCGGUGCAGAGCUCAGAGAGGAUAACUUUACUCCCUGAUGGAACACUUAGAAUUACAAAUGUGACCAAGAUGGACGGGGGAAACUACGCUUGCUUGGCUAGAAACCAGUUUGGUGCGGCCAGCACUACAGGAAGACUGCUGGUCACAGAUCCCACACAAAUCAUCCAGGGUCCAGUGGACAUGGAGAUCAUUGUUGGGGAGAGCAUCGUUCUGCCUUGCCAGAUCUCCUGUGACCCUGCUCUGGAUGUUUCAUUCUCCUGGGCCUUCAAUGGGCAGCUCCUCAGUAAUCUAGACCAACAUUAUGAGCAUGUGGGUGGGAGUACAUCUGGUGAUUUGAUGAUACGGAAUAUACAGCUGAAACACGCCGGAAAGUACGUCUGUGUGGUUGACACGGAUGUCGAGAGUUUAUCAGCGGCGGCUAUUUUAAUCGUGAAAGGUCCCCCAGGAGCUCCAGAUGGUGUAACGGUGGAGGAGAUCACAGACAGCACAGCUCAGCUUUCUUGGAGGCCCGGCCAGGAUAACGGCAGCCCCAUCACAAGCUAUAUCAUUCAGGCCAAGACAGCUUUCACAGUGGGCUGGCAAGCGGUGAACACGGUCCCGGAGGUGAUUGAUGGGAACACCUUGACGGCAACGGUGGUGGAUCUGAAUGCAUGGGUGGAGUAUGAGUUCAGAGUGCUGGCCAGAAACAGCGUCGGCGUGGGGGAACCGAGUCCCGCUUCUCUUAAAACAAGAACUGAAGAUGCAGUUCCUGACACGGCCCCCACCGAUGUCGGAGGUGGGGGUGGCUCCAAGUCAGAGCUAGUAAUAAUAUGGGAGCCUGUGCCUGAAGACCUGCAAAAUGGAGAUGGUUUCGGCUACAUCAUUGCUUUCAGGCCGCUGGGGGAGGUCAACUGGACGCACGCCGUCACCUCCAUACCAUCGCAGUCCCGUUAUGUGUACCGGAACGAGAGCAUCCCGCCCUUUUCUCCAUUUAGCGUCAAAGUGGGUGCCUACAACACCAAAGGCCAGGGACCGUUCAGCCCUGUUACCAUUGUGUUCUCGGCCGAGAAUGAGCCCAGUGGCGUUCCAGACGGCAUGUGGGCCAGAAGCAUUUCUGCCACUGAAAUUGAAGUGAGCUGGCACAUUCUCAGCGCUUCCCCAGAAAGAGUGUUGGGCUAUGAGGUGGUGUACUGGGAGGACGAUACAAAACCAGAGACCAUGGGCAAAGUCAGAGUGUCUGCCAAUCAGAACAAGGUUAACAUCAGCGGUCUGAGAGGAUACACUCAGUAUUUCCUGACAGUGAGCGCUUUCAACACAGCAGGAACUGGCCCUCUUUCUCCCAUCAUCAAUGUGACCACCAAGAAGUCCCCACCCGGGCAGCCACCUUUGAACGUGGAGUGGAAUCUGAUUGGCUCUAAGCUCACUGUUCAUUGGGAACCUGUCAUUUCUCUGGAGAUGGAGUCAGAUGUUACUGGUUAUCAGGUAAGUGCUUCCCAGCAAUGUAAACCUCAAAGCCAAACUGUAAGGCAUUAUUUUCAUAUAAUCAUAUUAGCUUGUUCUAUUCCAGUGAGCAUUUAGGAAACAACUACAUUAAAGUGCUUAUAUUAUUUCUCUUGUUCGAUGAUUACCCACCUUAGUGGUAACGGAAAUUAAAAAUAAAACUAAUUUAUACUGCAGAUCUACAAAAUAUGUGCUGUACAGUAUAGCUAAAACACCAGGUGUGCUAAUAAACACUACAGUUCCCCACAGUGUGUGAUAAUUUGAUUUUACUUCAUUUAUCGACUAAAAUAGCUUGUGCUGAAUAAAUCUAAGUGGAUGUUAGCACCUCUCUCAUUUGUUCUCUCAGUGUCAUACAGAAGGAACCGGCAUAAAGAAAUUAACACAAUAACAACAAAUCUGACCUCAGUGGAGCUCACACUACCUGCAGAUGAUGAUUACAUCAUUCAGAUACGAGCACUGAGUGACGGAGGAGAAGGGAUGCCAACCGAACCCAUCAACAUACAUAAACUUAGUAUGAGUGUACGAGGGUCCAGAGCCUGGCGACCCAACACCAUCCCAGUCUCCUUGCUUUCUAUCAUCGCAUUAUCAACACUGCGACCGGCUUUGUGUUAACGGUCCGAAGGAUCGAACAUCCUCUGACCGCUUUGAUUGCCUGCACUCUUCCUCGCUGUGGAAUCGUUGGAGAGGUGCACCAAAACACUUUUGAAGAGAUAUUAUCGAUCUAUCUCUCCAUAGUUAUCUGAGGCAAUGCCCGGUGAGGCCUUCAAGAAGCGUAACGGGAAAACGUCAGCGUCACGGUGGUCAGAUUUCAUGUGCAUGUGUUAUGUACUGUGUAUCAUUGUGUCCUUGCAAGUGAUCCGAGACCCUAACAAGGUUUCAACUGAAGGUUUUUCAAGCAUAUUGGUGUAUGAGGAGGGAUGAGUCAUGUUACUGCACUAAGAUUUCAUCUUCUCAUUCAUCCGUCGGAACAAAUGCCUUACUUCCAUGUACAUGCCAAAGUAGUUCACAUCCUUUUACUUCUUCCCAAGCUACUGUUUGUUAAACUUAUAAUUGUUUGGUAGUUAUCACAUCAUUAAUUGAAGGAUUAGUUCACCCAAAAAUCAUUUACACACCCUCAGGUUGUUGUCAUGUGACUUUAUUGAGUGCGAUUUUAAAGAAUGUUCCCAUGCAAUUACAAUGAAUGGGGAGAGAGAGAGAGAGGCCUUUUAAAGUUAUAGUUCACUCAAAAAUUAAAAUUCACUUACACUCGGGUCAUCCAAGAUCUAGAUGAGUUUGUUUCUU